AGUUAAGAAUGUACUGAAGAAGACUCAUGAAGGAUCCUACCUGUGUGAUGACAUAACAUCCUACAGAAACCUAGACAACGUGACUUAAGAUCAGAGAACCAAGCCGUCCAUGUUGAGGAGGACCUUACCUCUAUGAAGAUUGUAGUGGACGUCCAAGACUUUAUUGGAGGUGAUAUUAAAGUGGAAGUUGUUGGAGAUAGAGAACUUGUGGUUGAGGGAAGAACCAAGAGUGAAGAUGGAGCCUCAGCCACUUCCUCGAGCUUCCUUCUUCGCUUCUCCUUGCCUCAGCACGCUGACCUGGAGACAAUAUCCUCAGCCAUGUCCUCAGAUGGUGUCCUCACAAUCAUUACCCCCAAGUUGCAACAGGCUGUUGGUGCUGGUACAACAAACAACAAGGAAAUGUUUGUUGAACGUCAGUCAAGACUUGACCACCAGAGUGAUGGAGAACAAUCAUGGGAGGAGAAGAAGGUUCAACACUCAGCUAAAGAGUCUGAGGGUUGUAGCUCCCGGUCCUUCAGUUCCGCCUAUCGUUCCCAACAUCAAUAUUCAUCCAACAGAAAUUUUAAACAUUAAAAAUUCCUCUAAUAUUUUCUUAAACUUAGUAAUGCUAAAGAAUAAAUUUUUAACUUAUUAUAUCUCUAUUAAUUUGUUAAUUAUCAAAGAUAAUAUAAUAAUGUAACUGAUCACAUCAUCUUAGGUAAUUAUAUAAUGUAAAACUGUGAGAAAAGUAACUAGACUGGGACUUCAGACAUCAUCAGUGAGCGAGGAACAUCACUGUACAUGACAGUAACUCAACAGAUGUCACCAACUUCACCUUCACGCCUUUGAGCUCACCUGGUGAUGUCACCUACACAUUCCCUCAUUACAAAUUCGUAUAUAUAUAUAUAUAUAUAUAUAUAUAUAUAUAUAUAUAU